UGAAGUUCAUUCAUACUUUUCAAAAGUUGUAAACAAACAUAACCUAACACAAACGAUGAAUAAUUUCGAUUUUAUGAAAUAAAAAUGCCGUGCAUUUACUAAAUAGUAGUUUAUAAUGAUAAUUCACUAUGUUACCAGUACAUUGUUGUCAGUUUUUGUUAUUUAGUGUAUGUGUUCACAUAUCUACGUUGUUUAUAUACUUAGUUUACUACAGUGACUUACUAUCGACUGCAUAUUUUCAAGAAAUUAAACAGGAAUAUGACUUUAUCAUUGUUGGUUCUGGCACAGCGGGCUCUGUGAUAGCCCAUAGACUAGCAACAGAGACAAAUUAUACCUUCAUAGUGGUGGAAGCAGGUACCAGAAGUCAUGCAUUACUUGAAGCACCAGUGCUUGGCCCAUUCUUCCAUGGAUCACUGCUGGACUGGCAGUACCAGACUGUUCCUCAGGAACAUGCUUGUUUUGCUAUGAAGAAUAGAAGAUGUAAACUAGCUCAAGGCAAGAUUGUUGGAGGAUCAUCAAAGCUGAACAACAUGAUACAUGUCCGUGGCAACCUAACACACUACCAGAACUGGUUCCAUGGUAGAUACACCAAGGAAUACAUUGAAAAACAAUUUGAAUACAUAGAAAAUAAUAUUUUACACCUCAAUGAAGUACAGUAUGAAAGUGAACUAGCCAACACAAUAUUAGCAGCAGCUAAAGAAUUAGGUUAUACAAAUCUAGACAAAGAUUUUAAGCUAGGUUUCAGAAAAAAUAUAGUCAGUCAAAAAUAUGGAAAACGAUGGUCCACUUCUGACAACUUAGAAUCAAAACAUGUUAUAACAAAUGUAUUGGUAGAAAAAGUAAUUUUUAAUGGCAACACUGCUCGUGGCAUUCAAGUUCUUACAUUAGGUAAGCGAAGUAAAAUAUACGCCAGAAAAGGUGUUAUUUUAUCUGCUGGAGCGAUUAAUACACCAAAAAUACUACAAUUAUCAGGUAUAGGGCCUGAAAAACUACUUCAAUCUUUAGGUAUACCAGUGAUAAAAAAUCUACCAGUUGGUAGAAAUCUCCAAGACCAUAUAGGUACUGGAUUAGAUUUUGUAUUAUUUAAUAAAUCUGUUUCCAUUAGUGCUUUGGAUAUGAUUAAUCCAUUCCAUGUGUUAGACUAUUUUAUUAACGGAAAGGGUCCAUGGACCACGCCAGGGUGUGAAGUAAUUGGUUUCCUUUCUACCAAAAACCAGUCAGAACCAGAUAUACAAUUUAUGGUGCUCCCAGUAGGACUCUCCUCAGACAGAGGGAGUUUACUAAGAAAUAAUGUUAAUUUAAAAGAUGAUAUAUGGGAUAAAUAUUUCUCUAAAAGUUUUCACAGUUAUGUAGGAACUAUUCUACCUUUAAUAUUACAUCCUAAGAGUAGAGGCUAUGUUUUUAUUAAUAGUACUGAUCCCAGUUUACCGCCGUUAUUGGACCCAAAGUAUUUGUCUCAUAAGGAUGACAGAGACACCUUAAUUAAUGGUUUGAAACUAGUCAUGAAGUUUGUUAGUACAGAAGCUAUACAAAAUGUGGGAGGCUACAUUAACCAAAUAAAUUUUCCUGGUUGUGAAAAUUAUGAGAUUUUUACAGAUUCCUACUUUGACUGCUACAUAAAACAUUUGACAUUAACAAGCUAUCACCCUGUAGGUACUUGCUCUAUGGGGUUACCAGACUCUAAAAAUACGGUAGUGGAUACUUCUUUUAGAAUAUUAGGGGUGGAACAUCUAUAUGUGGCAGAUGCAUCGGUGUUGCCAACAUUGCCCAGUGGGAAUAUUAAUGCGGCUAUUGCAAUGAUGGCAAGCGUCUGUUUUGAGACUAUUAUUAAAGGUGAAACUAACAUUCCAAUUUGUGAUAGACGCGAUAGGAUUAAUGAAUAUUUGUUUAGAAUAUGUUUUGAUAGUUAAUAUUGAAAUGUACCUCUAGAAACCAGUAGAACUACUAACUAGUCAGAAUUAAAUACCUCUUCCUUAUAAUAGGAAAUUGACAUUUUCUCUGAAUUUAUUCAAUAAAAAAUGUUAUGUAAUUAUUUAUUUUAUGUUUGCAAUAUUAGCUCUUUUGUGAGGGGGGAAAUCAUUCAAAGCCUUCUCCCACCUAGGGUGAGACGAGAAGGACUGUCUGACUCUUACUGAGUUUCUAUUCUCACUCUUUGAGCCAGAGUCUACAAUGCAAUAUUAGCUCCAAAAUAGAGUUUAAUUGUAAAUAGUCCUAAUAAGUUUACAUGUAAAAAUAUUUUUUGACUUGUACAAGUUACAAGACAUAACUUCCAAUGUAUAUCUCAUAAACUAUGUGUCAUAUAGGACCUAUUAUACAAUAUACAUAGAAAUUGGUAAAGAAAAACAACAAUAUUAUGUUGUAACACUUUAUUGAAUAUAUUAAGGACACUUCUAAACAUGAAAUCGCGUAGUUUUGAGCGUCAAUUUCAAAACAACCAUUUUUAAUACCAAACAAUUUCGGUACGAUUUAUUUAAACACAUAUUUCAGAAGAAAUGUUUUAUUUUUUUAUUUAGUAUUAUAAUAUGAUAUGAAUAGGUGUAAAAAUGACUACUUAUUUCAUUUACAACUGUUUUAAAUCGUACCAAAUUGUAAUAAAUAAGUUUUGACUAAUAAAGAUUAGUACACAGUACUUCAACUUAAUUUUUAUAAUAAGAAAUUUAUAUUUGUGCCACAAGAAAUUAUUUUGAAAUAAUUAUACAUUAUCGUUUGUAAGUUAUACAAAAUAAAUUACAAUUAUACAUA